CGAGAGACUUGUGAUCGACUCUCAUCAUGUCUCCAACACGCACCACGUCAAUAGUAGGCGGCUAAACCUUCCCCAGCUUGUUAGCUUUGGGUAGCAUACAAACAGUAUUGUCCUGCUUAUUAGAAACGCGGACCUGCUUUGAAAGGGGCCAACAAUGUAAUCGUUUAAUCAUUUUAAGGUGAAUAAUCAGCUCAUGUGCGUGUUUAAUGAACACAACUUGCUAAUGAUGAACUCCAUGUCAUCGGCCUUGCAUUCGGCUUCAAGCCCAGCAUGCAGAGCUCUACCCGGGGAGGGAAGUCAGGUCCAGCCCAAGGCUCCCCUGCUGCAGAUUCUUCGGGUAGCUGGAGCCCAGGAGGAGAUUUUCACUCUGAAGGAGGUAAUGCACUACCUUGGCCAGUACAUCAUUGUGAAGGAGUUAUAUGACAAACAGAGGCAACACAUUGUCCAUUGUCAAGAUGAUCCCCUUGGGGAGCUGCUGGAAGUGGAAAGCUUUUCUGUCAAAAGCCCCAGCCCUGUCUAUGAGAUGCUGAAGAGGAACUUGCUCAUUUUAAAUGGCUCGGACGCGGCAAAGAAUGUUUCAGUCGGCAAGGAUUCUAUGUCUCCAUGUGAAGAUCCCGGGCAGGUGUCCAGCAAGAUGUGUAGCUCUGGAGCUUCCUGCAGUGAUGCCAGUACCUGUGCCAUGCAGAAUUCGUCUCAACGAAGACCACGGGAUGAAGAGGACGACUCUUUAGAUGGGAUGCCGAGGUCAGCCUGUAAGCGGCCAAAGCUGGAUGUGAGUCUUGAAGAAUGGGACCUGUCUGGCCUGCCUUGGUGGUUUCUGGGUAAUCUGCGCAGUAAUUACACACGCAGGAGCAAUGGAUCCACAGAUAUCCACACAAAUCAACUUUUUUGUAAACAGGAGGAGGACACUGCUGUUGUGUCAGACACCACGGAUGACCUGUGGUUUCUGAAUGAGGCGGAGAGCGAGCAGGUUAGUGUGGAAAUGAAGGAAGCAGCACUUGAACAAGGCAGCGACUCAGAGUCUCCUCAGGAGGAAGAGGAGCAAGGGAGGGACAGCAAAGAGGACAAGGAGAUGCAGGAGGAGCUAGAUGAUGACUCGCAGUGUCUCAGUGAUGAUACAGACACCGAGAUCUCCACUCAGGAUGCCUGGCAGUGCUCAGAGUGCCGUAAGUUUAACUCUGCCACACAGCGCUACUGCAUGCGUUGCUGGGCACUCCGCAAGGACUGGUACAAGGACUGCACUCGACUAGCACACUCUGUUUCUGUCCCGGAACUCCCAGAUCCCAAAGACGAAGAUGAAGAUGAUGGCAUUGAUGUGCCUGACUGCCCGAGAACCGUUUCAGAUCCUGUCAUCCUGCCCUCGCAUUGGGUAUCCCGCGAUUUACCUGCCUCGCCCGCGUCCGGUAAGGGCAAAGCCCCACGACGGGUCCUCCAGUGUUCCCAGGAGAACCAAGAAGGGCGUGAAGUCAUGCUGGAACCCUGCAGGCUGUGCCGCGUCCGCCCACGUGACGGCAACAUUAUUCACGGGCACACGGCGCACAUGCUCACCUGCUUUCCCUGUGCACGCAAGCUACAUAAGUGCCACGCCCCUUGCCCUGGCUGUGGCCAGAUCAUCCAGAAAGUCAUCAAGAUGUUUGUAGCCUGACCGCUUAAGAAAUGGUUUGUAUAAAAAAAAAUUAAAAAAAAUACACGAAGGUAUAAAGCAUGCAGAGGGCCUAUACUAAUGAGCAAAUAGCAGGUUGCACGUGAAAGUGUACAUUCAAACAAAAAAAACAACAAAUCAGCUAUACAUUGUACAGAGUUUAUAGGUAACAACUGUUUAAUGGUCUGCAUGUAAAAUCCACAUGAUUAAGUUGUACAGAGAACUCCAUCUCAGUGUUGAAAGUGUAAAUUGUAAAUAGGUUAAUCCUGCGGCCUGCCGUGUGUGUAUAUACUGUACUGAGCAAGGUAGCCUCUGUCAUGAGUAUUCUAGUGAAGCUGACUCUGCAUUACAGAAGGAAAUGUACAUACUUCUAUUCCUGUGAUGGUACUUAUGUAAACUUGACACAAUACAUCAAGGAAACCAAACCUUGCAUUAAAAACAAAAAACUUGUACUUAAAUACAUGGAAGAUAUUUUGCACAGAUGCUUAGCCCUUGCCACCAAGACGUAAUGAGAAUUUACCAGGUGUUGGGAUUUAAGCUAAACAUCAUCUAAAUUAUUUAUUUAUGAACAUUAUCUCCCCAUUUCACGGGGUUGUCUCGUUUGCUCUCUAGUUAGUCGGGUCCCGCAUGUGAAUUGUGACCGAACCACGAUUGUUUUGCGCCAAGAGGUUUCAGAUCUCCGCACGGCUUUGGUGAAAAGUCCAUUCCUUUUUGCCGUCACCCUCAUCUCAAGUUGGAGUCUUGGCCAUGUCUAAGCAUCACUGAAGUGUGAACGUUGGGGAACAGAUGAUCUUUUUGUUUGCCAUUCUUGCCUUUCUAUUACACUGUGCCUUUAUGCCUUCUUUCCUGUCCACUGUCUCUUGUAGCCUGUGUCAUGAGCAUAAAGAGAAAUCCCCAGAAAGCUGGAUCAGUGUGAUCUAAAUGACUUGUUACAGAUUUUGCCAAAUGUUUUCUUUAGAAUUACAAUUUUGCUCCUGACAGUUGAAGCUUUAGUUGAAGUUGUUGCUGUUUUUUUAAGCUUGUUUUAGCACUUCUUUCCAUUGAGUUUCUGCCACACUUCCUUUUUCUCACAGAUGAGCAGUUCUUUAAAUUAUUUGUGCUGUUGCUUGUUUAUAAUUCUCUUAUUUGACUUGCAGUUUGUAGGAAAAAAAGAUUGUCUGCUCUGCCUAUUGAAUGCUUGAUUUGAUUGCUUAUCUCAAACUGCUAGAGAUUUUCUUGUCUGUAAUUUAUUCUGCCACCAGGGGGCGAUAGACGAUGAUGUUCUUAAACAACGCGUUGUUGUGGCUGUACAAGCACAUUUCCAUUAAGGGUCCUUGCACAUACUGUAAGAGAACUGAUUUUAGUUGUUUUUGCCACAUGGUAUUCAAGGUAACAUGUAUUUCAGCUGAAUUCACUGCCAUAAUUUUUGAAGUUUGUUUAUACGUUUUUGUUUUACUUGAGUUCUGCUUUUGAACACAUUUCAUGUUUAUGAGUAUAUUUUGAGUUUAAUAAAUAGUGCUACUAAUUAAUAAACUAGGUAUCUCUUUAA